AUGCCUGUCACCACUAUUCAGAGUGAAUUGCAUGUUCAGCCGGAGGAACCGCCGACGUUCAGCUCCGAUCCAGCCCUGGACCCCACUAUUCGGGGACUUUUUGAACAACAGGCCCAGAUUCAGGCCAGGCUCGCAAACCUUCUGCCUGCCUACUACACGAUGACAGAACGUGCCGAGCUCGGCUUGCUACAGCACAAACUUCGCGCGCUCGAAACCUUUGUGCAGUCAAACCAUAUCACGCCAUCGACGCCCAGCUUAUCCGAUGCCGAGGAAGCGAGAUAUCUUCAGUACCGGUGCGAAUGCUUAGAAACCUCUCUCGUAGAAAGAGGUGUGGAUCUCUUCGAUGUCAAGCUUCAAGAACACCUGAGGCUCUUCGCUUAUCACGAAGCGCCACCGGGCUAUGGAGCAUGGUUGGACAAGAACAUCUCGUUUUACGACUCGGUCUUCCGUGAUCGCAAGGCUAGAAGUGCUGUGCCUCACAUCUCAAGACGACAAGCUUCCUUCAAGUGCUGGAGAGAGGACUGUUCCCACUACAUUUACGGAUUCCGCACAGCAGAAGAAAGAGAGGACCACUUCCAGCAACAUCAUGCAUCUUCGUCGCUCCGCUCCGGAGGGGCCACUUCGGGUCACGCAGCAACAACAUCGGCUUCCCGUGCGGAUGCAAGGUCGUCCCAUCCAGUGACAGCCAGCAGUAUCGGUUCUCGCGAACUUGUCGCGCCGGGCACUUCAUCAACGUCAGCACUACCGCCGAUUGUUACUAGCGUUUCGAAUCGAGAACCAGCGCGCCGGACUUCAGUGAUUGGGCUUCCACCACCGCCCGACUUUCCCGCACAGUCACCCGCUACUGCAGAAUCAGCCGUCGACCCGCUUCUGCCACCGCUCAAGAGAAGCAGGGUUGGACAUUCCAGGUUGGAGUCGAUAGGCGAAUUGAGACUGCCUCGUGAGCAUGGCACAUGCCUUCGUUGCAAAGUCUAUGCUAAGCCAUGCGACUCACGAGAUGGAGAGUGUGCCACGUGUUCGGAGCCAAUCGACCCGAUGACCGAUGACUUUUGGAGUAUUUUGGGCUGUCAUCGUGGAACGGUAUCUACGCUCGCAGACUGGAUGCUACCUGAGUCACUUUCGCCCAGACAAGUUCAGACGCCAUUGACCUCACCUAUGGCGAAGCGUCGUAACAUGAACCAGUACCUUGAGCGGACGUACAUUGUCUCCCGAGCAACAUCAGACAUGGUUCACGCUCACCUUGAUUUUGAUGACAGUUUUUGGUGGACAGAGGAUUCUGCGGCCAUGACAGCGCCGACGCCCACGUCCGCCAUCUAUACACACGACCGCUGGGAGGGGAGAGCGCCACCUGUCUUGAAUGUCUUGGCGGCGAGCUGGAAUGCAGAAGGGAUACCAUUCCAGUUCUGGGAUCUCCUGCGACUGACUGGUCAUCUCACAGAAAGUCGCGCGAUAGAGAUGGCAAGGUUUCCGGUGCUCUACCGCGCCAAGUUGCUCUUGCGCGAGAUCCUCUUCUAUGACCUGCAACAGAAGGAGCCAUCAAUCAGAACCCAGGUCAACGUCAACGACGCGCAGCUCCUGCCGGAUGACGUUGACCAGGACAACCGCAAUCGCCUGAUAUACAACUGCAUGACGCAGUUCCUCCAAGCCUUCGAGAACGCCACGCUGCGGACCGGCCCCAGUGACCUGCCAAGCUGGCUCGCGUUAUUCUUCUCGCUGUGCAUCUUCAGCAUCGUCCGAACGAUACUGACUGAUCUCGUGUCCACGCCAGACCCGAAUAUUGCUGGCCAGUCCCAGACAGGCGUCGCUCUAACCUCUGGCGCUGCUGCGAUGCACAGUGUCUACAAGGCGCUUGUCUCCAUCUUCGCGUCAUCGUCCCCCAUGCUUCUGGAUGACAACCCCGAGUAUAUGGAGCCACACGAUCGGGACUUUUUAAGCGCUACUUUGGCCGCUGUGAAGAGAGAGAACUGGGAAGACUGGAGGAUAGCAUCUACCCAGGACUUUCUCUUCCAACUUGGUAGUGGCUACCUUGUGGAGGGCCAAAUCUUUAACGGGUUCUUUCGCCAACGGACCCCCAUCUUCCGAGAUGUGUCUGCUUACGGUCAGGAUGGGCCGUCGAGUGCGAUGGAGGGGAUGAGAAAGCCGUUACAUGAAUGGGUGCCGAUCGAUCCUUGGGCGGCGCAAAAGACAGAAGCAGAGGGCUAUGAGUCGGGUCUAAGUCUAGACGGGCCACGGCGACAUACCGUUGGGGAAAGCCCGGCAUUCUCGCGCGCCAUCGCGAGGGGACUAGCAUCGCCCAGCAAGCUCAGAACCAACUACCAGAGACCGCCGCUCCGGCGAGUCUUCUGCAACAAGUGCAAUGAGUAUCCGGAAGGAUUUCGCGGCGAACACGAGCUUCGAAGACACAACGACGCCAAGCAUGCGGCGCUGGUCAAGCGAUGGGUUUGCACGGAACCACAAAUGGCUGGGCCUAACUCGCCGCAGCCACAAAUACCGCUGGCCAAGUGCAAGGCAUGCGUCACACAGAAACGCUAUGGAGCAUACUAUAAUGCAGCCGCACAUCUUCGCAGAGCACACUUCAACCCUCAUCGGGGCGGCAAGGCUAGUGGCGAUUGGCCCCCGAUGACCAUUCUGAAGGACUGGAUGCGGGAGGUCCGGCAGUCCAUUGACGUUAGCAACGACCCGAAUGACACUGACAGUGGAGAUGAGGAAGCGGACGCCCGCAUGGUUGAGGAGGAGUUCUCGGGGAUACGUCAGUCGUCAUAUCUGGACGCGCCGCGACUCGCACCUGCCCCAUUGCAAAGUCAUCUCGGCCCGUCGGCGGUGUCGUCCAUGGACGGUACCAUACUGCAAAGCAGCCCAGUCACGCCCAAGGUUGAGGACAACCGUAACCGAUGCCCGCACCCGGACUGUGGGCGUGUCUUCAAGGACCUUGCAGCACAUAUGUUGACUCACCAGGAGGAACGACCAGAGAAAUGCCCGAUUGAGACUUGCGAGUACCACGUGAAAGGGUUUGCGCGUAAGUACGACAAGAAUCGGCACGCGCUCACGCACUACAAAGGCACCAUGGUCUGUCCUUUCUGCCCGGGUCCCGGCACAGCGUACGAGAAGGCAUUCAACCGCGCAGACGUGUUCAAGAGGCACCUCACGGCCGUGCACAAUGUCGAGCAGACACCGCCAAACAGCCGCAAGAUGGUCAUGACAACGGGACCUGGUGGCAUCAUGACCAGCACCAGCGGGGCAGGCAUGGGCACACCAAUCGAAGGCGGCGGCGAUGCCAAGUGCUCCAUCUGCCAGAUCCGCUUCCUAUCGGCUCAGGAGUUCUACGAACAUCUUGACGACUGUGUGCUCAACGUCAUUGUGCCCUCGACGCCCAAGUCCAAGGAAGAAUCUGGCACCCCAGGAGGCAUGCUGGCGAGCAGCGUUGGAGGUGGUGCAGGGAGUGGCAGUGGCGGCGAGUCUAUCCGGGAAGGGCUCGGAGCGCCUUACUUGCAGUCAGCAGCACCCCGAGAACACGAUUCCUACGACUCACGCAGGCGAAGUACAGGGGGCGCUGAUAGCCCUGCAAUGGCCAGGGACGACAGCAGUAAUGUUAAUCGCGGUCGGGAAUACGAAGAUGUCAGGUUCAGCCACGGCCACAGAGAUAGGAUGGACAUGCAAGGAGUCGGUGGUCAUGCGCAGCAUAUCCACCAGUCCAGACAUUGA